AAUAGCAGAGCGCAGGCUGAGAGCAGCAGAGAAACAGCAUUGCACGGACAGACAACAGCGCGGCCAGCAGGACAAUAGCUCAGACAUCACAAUAAUAAUAAUAAUGCCUUUCCUAGGACAGGACUGGAGGUCCCCCGGGCAGAACUGGGUGAAGACUCAGGAUGGCUGGAAGAGAUUCCUCAAGGAGCACAGUAACUUUGUCAGUGACAUCAACAGCUACUGCAACGUGGAGAACAAUAAGGAGAAUCUCUUCAAUAAUCUGAAUUACGAUAUUGCUGCAAAGAAGAGAAAGAAGGACUUUCUGAACAACAAUGCAAAGACACAAUACUGUCACCAGGAAAAGUGGAUCUAUGUGCACAAAGGAAGCACCAAAGAGCGUCACGGCUAUUGCACUCUCGGUGAGGCCUUCAACCGCUUGGAUUUCUCCACUGCCAUCUUGGAUUCCCGGAGAUUCAACUAUGUUGUGAGACUCCUGGAACUGAUCGCCAAAUCCCAGCUCACGUCGCUGAGCGGCAUCGCCCAGAAAAAUUACAUGAAUAUAUUGGAAAAGGUUGUUCAGAAAGUCCUUGAAGACCAGCAGAACAUUCGCCUGAUCAAGGAAUUGCUGCAGACCCUUUAUUCGUCCCUGUGUACCCUGGUCCAAGGGGUGGGCAAGUCCGUCCUAGUGGGGAACAUUAACUUCUGGGUCUACAGAAUGGAGACCAUUGUUGACUGGCAGCAGCAGCUGAACAACAUCCAGAUCACCAGGCCCGCUGUUAAGGGGAUGACCUUAACGGAUCUGCCCUUGUGCCUGCAACUGAACAUCAUGCAGAGGUUAGCAGAUGGGAGGGACAUUGUGUGCCUAGGCCAAGUGUCCUCGGAUUUGCAGGUCCUCAGCGAAGACCGUCUGUUGUGGAAAGAACUGUGCCACUAUCACUUUACAGAGCGGCAGAUUCGUAAAAGGCUUAUCCUAUCUGAUAAGGGGCAGCUGGACUGGAAGAAGAUGUAUUUCAAACUGAUCCGCUGUUACCCCAGAAGAGAACAGUACGGAGACACAUUGCAGUUCUGCAGGCAUUGUCACAUCUUGUCCUGGAAGGGCACAGAGCACCCCUGCACAGCGAACAACCCAGAAAGUUGCCUGACCUGUCUAUCUCCACAAGACUUCAUUAACUUGUUCCGGUUCUGAACCUGCUGCAUGAACACCAGGGGCUGAGUGGGACACUUUCAUGGCUGGACGUAACCUGUAAAUAUUGUAUAUUUCUCAAAUGACUUUUAGCCACUGCUACCAGCCUGUGGAAAUGGCAGCACUCACUGUGACAAUUGCUCCGUAAGACUAUUUUAAAAGAACUUGUACAAAGCUUGUAUGUCUGAAUACAUUGACCUAUAAAAUAUAGGAAGAGGGCAGGAGACAGUGCAUUCAACGGUUCUGGAUCCGAGAGACCGUAUUUGAGAGGAUAUUUUUCCAUGAAUUUGGGCACACGUGAAUGUCACAAGUCUAUCUUAAUACAUCAGUAUCUUAAUUGGAAAUUGCUCAAGAUAGUCCGCUACUGUUUGUUGUUUUUACCGUAAACUGCGCUGUUCUACAGCACUCCAUCCGUCGAACUUCUAAAGCACCACGCGUUUCGCUACCUCUUUGUAAGGCCUUCACCUUAAACCAACAGAUGUUGCCCAUUUCCUUGAUGUACCUUCGAAGCACUGACCAGUCCGUGGCGAUAGAACUAAAAGGGUAAACGUUUUUUUUUGCCAGGCCAUGUAGAAGGGAUUUGAGGAGAAACAUUUCAACAAACUUGGAUAUCUUGAUUAUUUGAAAAGACGAAUGUUCCUGAAAGUGAAGUUGUUUUUGGAUGAGUUACAUCGUGUAAUCUAUUUGUUUUUUUUGUUUUUUUGGCGUGUUCCGGUUUCCUGUUCUCGCAUUGUUUAUUGAUCUUUGGUUUGGAAGUGGACUUUUAUAUAGCGUUUUAGCAGAAAAACAUUUCCACCCUGUCUUAGCCUAUAUAAAGGGGAUGCUGUGUUUCCAUACCGAGAAGUUACAGAGCACUUUCAGCACAAACAUUAUGUAUACUUCACAUCAAUGCACUUUGUUUUAUAUAUGUUGUAUAUUAGUAGGCAAGUCACAGGAAUAUUUUUGUACAUAUUGAGAUAUAACUGAGUGUAAGCUGUUGUUUGUGCUUGUAUUGUAUCUCAUGCAUCAGGUAUAUGUGACUCUGCACAACUUGCUGAAACUACAAUGAUACCACUUGAUGCCACUAAUGUUGAUAUGUGGACAGCUGAUGACACUUGUAUGUAAUGGAUAUGAAGGGAGAAUUGUACGUUUACUAUAAACUUGCAGAUCUCUUCCCUAACCGGUCUGCAUUAAAAUGCAAAAAUAAUAGUUUUUGGAAAGGGAAUCCCCCCUUCCCCCAUCUCUUUUAUAAAGAGUAUAUAACACUCACACAAAUUAAUAUUAGUAUGCUCUAACAAAAAGCACUUAUGUAUAGGUUUAACCCCUACAUUAGUACUAGACAAGUUUUGUCUCACUAGCUGCUGUGAAACUACAAGUCUCAGUACAAUCUGCCAUCUGAUAGCAGCCCUGCCGAGAGAUGUAAUUACAUAACUACAUCUUUGCUUAUAUUUGCAGUGCACUGAGUACUUCAUUAGUACUUCAAUUAACCAAUAUACUGAAUAUUAGUAGGUGGAAUUUUUUACUUUAUUUAGAAAGUUAUGAUCAAGUCAACAUUUACUUUAUUUGGAAUACAAGUUUGUGAAAUCGUUUUGGCAGUAAUGGCCGACCCCCUCCUUUGACUGAGAUUGUAGUGCUGGACUGUGACCUCGUAUAUCCCAGCGCCACUCUCAGCAGACAUAGACCAGUGACAGAAGCUCAUUGGUACAUUAUCUUCCUCCAAGCUUUAAUACAUCUCACCCCUUCACGAGAAAGCAGCCCAUUGUGACUCGUGCCUCAGUGACAAAGUGCAGCUUAUCUAGUUACUGGUUUCUAGUGAACGGCUUGGCUGCUUUCUCAUAGAAAUAAAGUUUUAUCUGGCUGGUACUAGAGCAUCUUACCUGUAAAGUCCUGGGACAGAGUGGCUCUAGACUGCACACCCGAAUUGCUUGUAAUGAGAGUUGCUAUCUUGUGAGAUUUAUAGUACUACAUGUAGAAAAAUGGAUGCAGAUGCACACUGCAAUCGUUACUGCUCAAAAUUGAGAUCUAAUGUACAUUACAAUUAAAUAUCAUAUUAGAGGUGGUUAGCAUAUAUUUGGCCAAAGAUACAGGCCUGCCCACCAACGUCAAGGUCACCUCUUGUCGGGCAAGUCCCUAACACUCUGGGGUUAUAGGCACUUGCCUGACAAGGGAUGACCUUGAUGUUGGAGGGAGCCCUGUAUCUUUUGGCCAAAUAUAUGCUAACCACCUCUAAUAUGAUAUUUAAGUGUAAUAUACAAUAUAUCUUAAUUUUGAGCACCGUGCACCUGCAUCCAUUUUCAUCUGUGAAGUCCAGGGAAAGUCAUAGUUUUUUUUUUUUUUUUUUUUUUUAGCAGUCUUAAUAAGAAUAUAUUGCCAGAAGUCUUGGCAAUGAGCAGAUAAGGGCUACAGCAGCAGCGCCAAUCAGGCAGGUCUGGGUGCCCAGGAAGGGGUGCCAGCGCCCGUCUGUGCACAAUCGCAUAUUAGCGAUACUCCGAGACCUGUCUGUAGAUUCUGGAGUACAGUCGUUUCAGUAAUACACUAGUAAAAGUAUUGAAAUAAUAUAAUCUACAAUAUUCCACACUUGUCAUGUCAUAGGCACAACCUUGGUUUUCUUCUGUGAAUACAUCAUUAUAUAGAUUGACUUGUUUUAUAUGGAGUGUUUAUAAUGUAUCUUUUUUUACUUAUUUUGACAUGUUGCUACACUUUAUUUACUUUAUGGUACAGUGACGGCAAACAAUGUGACGGUAUGUAGAUUUGUAUUCUUUAGGUUUACGGUUUGUUUUUGUCUGCGCUUUAAAAGAACAUUUACCAGGAACGGCUCUUGUGAUUAGUCUCUAUAUAUGACUGACCUGAUGAGAGGAAAUAUUUUUGUUAAGAAUUGCUAUGACCUGAUGCCGCACUUUACCCUGGGGGCUCCUUCACACCCAUGCGCUGGGAAAAUGGGUGAUAACACGUGAAAACUAGCACUUUAGUGAUUUCAUGCUCUGCGCUCUUACCAAUACAAUGUAGGUUACUGGUAGUAAACCUGAGCGCAUGAGAAACGGCUUGUGUUGCGUUCUAAAACGCAAUGGUGAAAACGGCGCCAUUGACUCUCUUCUUUUUCUUUUUAAUUGGCUGUUUACGUGUUUCAUUAAGAUGUGAACAAGCUCACGCAUCGGUACUCUUUACGUAGUUUUAACCCCUAAAACAUAACUAACUCUGCACGCUUUAAGUGAAAACGACACUUUUGAACAGUAUUUCCGAAUAUCUGCCUAGAAAUGUUAAGUUGCCUGAGGGGGUGUUUCUGAAUAUUUUGUGAAAUGUUUACUUGUAAAAAAAAGAAGAAAAAAAAUUGUAUAUAUAUAUAUAUAUAUAUAUAUAUAUAUAUACAUACACAGGUUGAGUAUCCCAUAUCCAUAUAUUCCGAAAUACGGAAUAUUCCGAAAUACGGACUUUUUUGAGUGAGAUUGAGAUAGUGAAACCUUUGUUUUUUGAUGUCUCAAUGUACACAAACUUUGUUUAAUACACAAAGUUAUUAAAAAUAUUGUAUUAAAUGACCUUCAGGCUGUGUGUAUAAGGGGUAUAUGAAACAUAAAUGAAUUGUGUGAAUGUACACACACUUUGCUUAAUGCACAAAGUUAUAAAAAAUAUUUACUAAAAUGACCUUCAGGCUGUGUGUAUAAGGUGUAUAUGUAACAUACAUGCAUUCUGUGCUUAGACUUAGGUCCCAUAACCAUGAUAUCUCAUUAUGGUAUGCAAUUAUUCCAAAAUACGGAAAAAUCCCAUAUCCAAAGUACCUCUGGUCCCAAGCAUUUUGGAUAAGGGAGACUCAACCUGUGUAUAUAUAUAUAUAUAUAUAUAUAUAUAUAUUGCCAUUGGAUCUGGGUAAAGCUUCAGGGCCUGAUUGAGAGGUGAAUACUGAUCCAUCCACUCUCGUGUCUGUUCCCGGAGACGUGGCAGCGAUAAUAUGCAAAUGCCAGUAUCGGCCACGCCCCCCCCGGUGUAGAUGCCAGCGUCUGAAUGUGUCAUGUAUGUGCAUCUGAAUGUGUACUGUCAGCAUGCUGCAACACCGCCGGUGAUUUCUGACAUGUUAAACUGGCUGAUGCAGAUUCUCCAUCGGAGUAUGGCCUCCUAUGCCUGCGGCUGUGCAUUUGGUAAAAUACCGGUGACCCUCCCAAUUCAAGCGCCUUUUUUUAUUUUAUUUUUUUACCACUAAUUUGCAGUUGCAAGUAAUCGCUCCUCAACAUGAACAUCGGCCCUGAGUGUGGUGUAUGUUUGCCUCUUAAUCAGACCCGUAGGGUGGAGCAAAUGAAGUAAGGUCACUUGCGUAUAUUGGAGAACUGUACAAAGUACGCAUCUGCGGAUGCAGCGCCAUGCAUUUACACAUUGGAGUAGAUCUGCGUGUGCGUGUGUAAGGACUUAUUGUUAUUUGGAUAACCAGCGUGUGUUCUCGCAUUCUAGUACGUUGCUGAUGAGCAUCUGCUGGGACUAUGGGCUAAUGCUGUGUAGUGAGGAGAAUGAGAAGGACCAUAAAACUGUUAGCUCACCAUGACCUGUGAACUUUUUACUGUAUGCAUUCAUACACUGCAAUAAAACGUGACAUUAUACAUA